AUGGCAAUGUUUUAUCGUAUGCAAAUGCUACUGCCUGCUUACGCUUUACUUCUCAUCUCAUUCACUUUGGCCUCAUCAGCUACUAUAACAUCUUCAUCCAAAGAAGAAAUAAAAUGCGAUACUUGCACGCCUGUUCCCUCUCCACCGCCACCACCCCCCGUGGUAACUGAGUGCCCACCACCUCCUUCUCCGCCUUCUCCUCCUCCGCCAUCACCUCCACCACCACCAAAUCCGUCGCCGCCACCACCAGCAUGCCCUUCAUGUGCUUCACCUUGCUCCAGCUGCCGUCCACCACCGUGCUCUGAAUGCCCUUCGCCACCCAAACAAGUGGUUCCUUACUUCAUAUAUAGCUACAAGAACCCUCCACCUUCUGAGUCGGCAGCUACCAACGCCCACUCACUUUUAGUCUCCGCCACACUUGUAUUCCUUUGGGGUACUCUCAGCUUAUUCUCUAACUAA